CCAAUUUUGACAAGGCUAAAUGUUAAGAGAUUUAGGAGCUUAAUAGCGACUUCUGAGACUUUGACACCAGCCACAACCCUAUGCCUUGAGCUAGGUCUCAAAUUCCCCACUCAAAUCUUUGCACAGCCCUGUAUGGACAAGUCUCAGCUUCAGAUAUAAAUGUGCUUACAAAAGGAAAACCUAAGAAUAUGAGUCUUGAUUUCUCGUGGAAAUAACAGAUUCAACAAAGAGAUGUUCAUUGAACUUGGUGAAACAAUCAUUGAUAUAAUAAAAUGAGUUCCUGGUGGGGUAAUCUUGACAAUUCCAUCCCUCCCUCUUUUUGGCCAGCUCAACAAAGCAUGGGAAAAGGCAAAUGUCUUCGGAAGGAUAAAUAAGAUCAAGGAGUUAUUCAGAGAAGUUGGAGAUAGAGAAGUCAAUACUAAAAUCAUUGAACGCUAUGAGUACUAUAAUGAAAAAGCAGCAACGCCAGGAAAUGUGGAGAAAAGUGGGGCAUGCUUCUUGACAAUAUGAAGAAACAAGAAAUUCCCGGAUUAUAAAUUCUCACCACAGUCAUCAAGACUGCUGAUCCUCGUAUGAAUCCCAUUCGACAAUCGUACUGAGUUUAAGGUAGGAAUGAAGCUGAGAAAGCUGAGUAUUCUUCAUAACUUGGAGAAUGACGAACUUAACGAAAACCUCUGGUAUCGAGAAGAGGCAUCCAGAGUAGUAAACUCAGUCAUUAACCUAGCUGUCAAUAAUAAAGAUGAUUAUGGUUCUGUACUUCUGAUAGAUAAAAGGUACGAGUAUAAGGACCAAACAGAGGAUAGAUAUCAUUGGGCUCAGAAUAUGAAGAAAUAUGAUAAGCUACCUGACGACUUACAAUACAGUGAAUGAAAACAAAAUAUUGAAGAAUUCUUUACAAAUAUGGCAUCCAAGCAUCCGUAUACUCCUAGAAUUUUAAAGACACCUACAAAAUUACAAAAUGCUUCUAAAUCAUCAACAGCACAGCCAAAAUCAACAUUUUUAAAAUCAUUCUUCACAAAAAGACACAAACAAGGCCCUCCUUCUCCUCAAAAACUCAACCCCAAGCCUCGUAAAACCGUCCCUCAGCAGCCUUCAAUCAAAUCAUUCUUCAAGCCUCUCCCUUCAAGAGACUCUGACGAAGAAGUAAGCAUCCCUGAUCGUAACAAACCUCUUAAAGAUGCUCCCAAGAAUGCUGAAAAUCCUAAUAAAAAUGGAUAAUUUCAAUAAGCCAAA